AUGGCGUCCUCAGAAGCCAAAAUCACCAUCCCAACAAUCCUCCGCGAACUCGCCAUCUUCUGUUCUUGCAUCACCAUCGCCUGCUACCUCGACAACCACAUCAUAUCCCUUUGCGAAGACGACCGGUAUAUCCUGGGCGUCUUCGUGCCAUGGGCGAUCAAUCUCACCAUCUUGUUGAGCUGGAACAAGUUUAGGUUGGAAAAGCUAGAAAGCUCCUGCAAGCCAGCAGACCAACCCCGGAAUCUCCAGGAAGGACUUGAGAAAGGUGUAGUGGAUAAUGCCGAGGACGAGAAGGAGAAAGUUAGAGAGGAUGCAGAGGAUGCUGGGACGGCUGGAGUUGGUGGGUGGAGGAGCAAGAUGCCCAGCUUCACCCGGAUUGUCCAUAUGAAUGCUCUUGCUAUAAACCUCGUUCAGAGCGUGGUUACCUGGCGAAGGUGGACAGAUCGAAUGGCUUAG